UACCUCUUAUAUAUAUAUAUAUAUAGCAGCACACCUGUUUUCCUAAAACCCUUAUACCGAGCCGUUUCUUAAAACCCUAGUCUCUAAUUUUUCUAAAAUCUUAAGACUGCGGCGGCUAGUGUUCGGUGGUGGUCGGAAUAUGUUGCUUCUAUUUGAAACUCCGGCAGGCUUUGCGCUCUUCAAAGUCCUCGAUGAAGGGAAACUUUCUAAAGUCGAGGAUUUGGGGAAGGAAUUUGCCUCGCCUGACUCCGCUAGAAAGGUAGUCAAGCUGAAAGCAUUCUCAAAAUUUGAGAAUACUGCAGAGGCUUUGUCUGCUGCUACUCUACUGAUAGAUAGUAAACCCAGCAAAGGUCUCCGGAAAUUCCUGCGCAGUCAUUGUGAUGGUGACAUUUUAGCCGUAGCGGAUUCGAAACUCGGGAACACAAUCAAAGAGAAGCUUCAAAUAGAAUGUGUCCACAACAAUUCUGUUAUGGAAUUAAUGAGAGGUGUCAGAAGUCAAUUGACUGAACUGAUAUCGGGUCUAGCAGCACAAGAUAUGGCUCCAAUGAGCCUUGGUUUAUCUCACAGCCUAUCCAGAUACAAGUUGAAAUUCAGUCCUGAUAAGGUUGAUACAAUGAUAAUUCAAGCCAUUAGCCUGUUGGAUGACCUUGACAAAGAGCUUAAUACAUAUGCAAUGAGGGUCAGAGAGUGGUAUGGAUGGCACUUUCCUGAACUUGCGAAGAUCGUGCAAGACAACAUCCUUUAUGCAAAGUCUGUGAAAUUGAUGGGUUACCGCUCCAAUGCUGCCAAGCUUGAUUUCUCUGAGAUACUUCUGGAGGAGGUUGAGACAGAACUAAAGGAGGCAGCUGUGAUCUCCAUGGGAACUGAAGUUAGUGAUCUGGAUUUGGAAAACAUAAAAGAUCUAUGUAACCAAGUUCUCUCUCUUUCCGAGUACAGAGCCCAACUGUACGACUAUCUAAAGAGCAGGAUGAACACUAUUGCCCCAAAUCUUACUGCGCUUGUUGGCGAACUUGUUGGUGCUCGCUUGAUUGCUCAUGGAGGCAGCUUGUUGAAUCUGGCUAAGCAACCCGGAAGUACAGUGCAGAUACUUGGUGCGGAGAAGGCUCUCUUUAGAGCAUUGAAGACAAAGCAUGCGACUCCCAAGUAUGGACUUAUUUAUCAUGCUUCUCUGAUUGGCCAAGCUGCCCCUAAGCACAAGGGUAAGAUUUCACGGUCUCUUGCUGCAAAAGCUGCUUUGGCUAUCCGUUGUGAUGCUCUUGGAGAUGGUGAAGAUAAUACAAUGGGUCUGGAGAAUAGAGUCAAGCUUGAAGCGCGAUUGAGGAGCUUAGAAGGAAAAGAACUAAGUCGUUCUGCUGGUUCCGUAAAAGGAAAGCCAAAGAUCGAGUUUUAUGACAAGGACAAGAAGAAAGGAUCAGGAGGGAUGAUCACACCGGCCAAGACUUACAAUCCAGCUGCCGAUUCAAUUCUUGCACUUACGGAAUCACUCUCCAAGGAUGAUAAAGAAGAAGCAGAGCCGGAAGUUGUUGAAGAAGAGCAGAAGAAGAAGAAAAAGAAGAAGAGGACUCAACCCGAAGAUGUUUUGCCUGGAGCAGUUGAUGAUGCAGAAGUUGAAGCUGAGCCAGCUAAGAAGGAGAAGAAGAAAAAGAGAAAGCAUACUGAAGAAGCAGACAAAGACGGCGGUGAUGCCAGCGAGAAGAAGAAAAAGAAGAGGAAACAUGCCGAAACUGAGGAUGGUGGCGACGAUACUUCUGCUAAGAAGAAAGAUAAAAAGAAGAAGAAGAAAAGUGAAGACUGAGGCAUGCAUAAGCAACAGGUCUAACAUUUUUGUUACUUGGUCUAGAUUUGGUGUUGUGCAUGUAAUUAGGCCUCUUUUUUCUUAAAAUGUUUCUUCGUCAGACUAUUGUGACUGUAUUUCUUAGUAUGCAUUGGAUAAUUAAGCUUUUAAAAUGUGACUUUAUAUUUUAUUUUAUUUAUGGUAGUGAAUCUCAAAUUUACAUGUUU